GAAAUUCCCACGAGUAGCAAUAAUAGUACGAUGGAAACCGCGAAAACGUCAACAGCGACGCAGAGUGUUUUACCGGAAGACGUGGAAACGCCGUCGCCAUGUUUCCGGCGAAACAUGACGCCGGAAAAGCGGAGUACUUCGUCCAUAAAUUGUCGUAUCUGCCACGAAGAUGGGAAUUUGGAGGAUCUAAUAGAUCCCUGCGAGUGUUCCGGUACUUUGGCCUUGAUACACGCAAGUUGUUUGGAAAAGUGGCUGUCAACAUCUAACACGGAUCACUGUGAGAUAUGUAAAUACCCGUACUCGAUCAAGAGAAAAAACAAACCGGUGUUAAAGUCCUUUUAUCUAUGGUGGAAUACCAGAUCAGUACAUGGACCUCAAGGAGUAGCGGGAGAUUUACUUUGCUUGAUGGUGUUGACGCCACUGUGCAUCAUGGCGACAUAUUUGUGCGGCAUUGGCGCCUCUGCAUACAGCAAGUUAGGCUUCUGGGAAGGCACUGGAUUAGCUAUACUCUGCUGCAUGUUGGUUGCAACUUAUUGCAUCUGGUUUACCGUCACACUGAGAUUUCAUUUCUCAUCAUGGAGGCAGUGGUGCAGGCGAAAUCAAGAUGUGACGUUACUUGUAAAGCACAAACCUGUCGAGCGGCCAUAUUUGAAAUCGCCCCAAGACGACAACAACAACAAUAAUAAUAUCGGAAGCGGAUACGAGAGUUCAGUGAAUCAUUUUCCUUGGUGUGGAAUGAUGUUCGACCAAAAUCGCGAUCAUCUUUACAAUUUGCAACAUCAGACGAGUUUUGUUUAAAUUUAAUUUCUUCCGGCGGCGUUGUUCAACAUUCAGAGUCGGGAAGACAAUUGUGGUAAUUAACAAGACUGCCUUUUUUCUAUUAUCCUAGUCGAUAUACGCGGAAAAUAUGUUUAGUAUAGAUAGUACCGUAUAUAUGUAUAAGUCUUUACACUAAUCAUGUUCAUAUCAAGUCAUUUGGAAUAUUUUCACCAAUGGCCUCACAUCGUUUCGCUUCACAGUAAUCGCAACAAUGUACUGCACUAAAGCCGUGGAAUUUUGUACUUAAUGAUAACUUAUUUACGUAAAUAUAUAUUUUUU